AUGGGUAGAAGACCAGCUAGGUGCUACAGAUACAUCAAAAACAAGCCUUAUCCAAAGAGUAGGUUCAACAGAGGAGUCCCAGACCCCAAGCUCAGAAUCUACGACUGUGGUAAUAAGAAGGCUCAGGCCAACGAAUUCCCAUCAUGCGUCCACUUGGUCUCAUGGGAGAAAGAACAAGUUGGCUCUGAAGCUCUCGAAGCUGCCAGAAUUGCUGCCAACAAGUACAUGGUCAACACUGUCGGUAAAGAUAACUUCCACAUGAAAAUGAGAGUCCACCCAUGGCACGUAACCAGAAUUAAUAAAAUGCUUUCAUGCGCUGGAGCCGAUAGACUUCAGACCGGUAUGAGAGGAGCCUAUGGUAAAGCCAACGGCAAAGUAGCCAGAGUUCACAUCGGCUCCAUCUUGAUGUCUAUCAGAUGCAAAACUUCAAAUGUCAAGGCUGCCACUGAAGCUUUGAGAAGAGCCAAAUUCAAGUACCCCGGAAGACAGAAAAUCUUCGUCUCUUACAAAUACGGAUUCACUAAAUACACCAAGAAGCAGAUCAAGGAGUUCGGUGAAGAAGGCAGACUGAUCCCAGAUGGAACUUUCUACAGAGUAAUCGGAACCAAGGGGCCUCUUGACAGACUCAAGCUGUUCAAGGACCUAAAGCAGCUCGAGAGAGAGCAACAAGCUGAUGAGUAA